AUGCGCUCUUAUCGCUACUUUGGAAACAAAGGAGAAACCAUUCCAGAUGACGUGGAAGAUUUGAUUGUUGUUCAUCCUCACGUUCAAGAGAUUCCAAAACGAGCUUGUUACAUGUUCGAAGGGUUGACCAGCGUCACCUUCAGUGGAUCCGCUUUAAGGACAAUUGGAGAGCGUGUCUUUUUCAAUUGCUUUAGCUUGUUGGAAAUCGAAAUUCCUUCGUCCGUGACUUCGAUUGGAGAUCAUGCCUUUUGGGGGUGCCGGUCGAUGACAAAAGUUCGAUUUAUUCAGGAGGGUGGUUCAUCAUUAAAAACUAUUGGAAUUGAGGCAUUUUGCUAUUGCUCGUCAUUAACAGAAGUCAACAUUCCCUCUAGUGUGGAAACCAUUCAAUCGGGGGCGUUUAAAUAUUGUAAAUGCUUGGCAAGAGUGUUCUUCCAGGAGGGACUGAAAACAAUUGAGAGUGGUGUUUUUAUCGAUUGUAUCGAAUUGGAAAAAGUGGAUUUGCCGAAGACUCUUGAAAUCUUGGGCAAUGGUGCCUUUAAAAAAUGCAGUUCGUUGCAGGUAGUGAAUAUGGAGGAAGGAGGAAACUUGAGAGUGAUUGGAAGAAAUGCCUUUGAAAAUUGUGUCAAAUUGCAAACAAUCAACAUGCCUUCCACUGUCGAGCGCCUUGAAUCACAAACGUUCAAGGAAUGCGAUUCUUUGUUGGUAGUAAAGUUCCAGAAUGGUCUCAAAUAUGUAGGAAACUAUGCCUUUUACUGGUGCAAGAAUUUGCGAUCAGUUGCGCUACCAGAAUCGGUAGAAGUGAUUAGCAGCUGGGCUUUUGGACUAUGUCCCAAGUUGCUGUCAGUGGAAUUGGGAGAUGGCCCUAGAGAUCUGGGAAUACACGACGGUGCCUUUUCCGGUUGCGCGUCUUUAAUAAAUAUCUGCCUUCCUUCUGAACCACGAAUAGGCCAAACAAAUCCUGACGAUGUCGGUCCCGGCGUUGUCGUCGUCAACAGCUUCAAUGGCUGCAUGACGCUGCGAAAACAAUAUGGCAAUACGCCCAUCCCACUUGCCCUGAUGCGUCGAUUCGACAACUUUCCAAUACACAAGAAAUGUUACCACGCCUCUGUUACAACAACAGAUGAGCUUUCUAGGGAAAUUGAGUCGUCCAUGCCAUCCUUCUUGCAAGACGAGAAUACUAUCCCUGACCACUUGGUCGAUCCUUUUGGUAUGACACCAUUUCACAUUCUAAUGUCGGCUGCAAACUGCAGACUUGAUCUUUUGCAACUCCUGCUAGACGCGUAUCCACCGAAUAUACUUGGAUGGAAAGACAUGAACGGAAAGACUGCCAUUGAAUAUUACUGGCAACAGAGCUAUCGCUUGACUGAAAAUUCUCAACGUAUCCUUCAAGCAGCUCUUCACCGCUGGUUGGUCGGUUCGAUCUCGAGUUGGAAAGGGCUGGAAGCGUGGAAAUCUGACAUGACGAAUAGAGUGAAUGCUAUUGUUUCCGAGGAUGAAGUGGAACAAAGACAAUCUUUGCUUCAAGACUCAUUGAUGGCUUUGUCACACUACGAGCACUUAGAAGCGACAUCGUUGCUCGAAUUAUCUUUGUGGAAAAUGGAGAUGAGAUCGGCUGAUGAUACGUCAACAGAUGAUGACACAGCAGCGAGGAUCAUAGUGGACAAGAAGGCCGAUCGAGAAGCAUACCGGAUUGGAAAUGGUGCUCCAGUUGUCAUUCCGAAUGUGAUUGAAUUCUCUUCUAGAACGGAUCUAGCAUUAUCGUCAGGCUAG